AUGGUUGUCAGGAAACAUGCGGUCAAGAAGAUACCUUGUAUUCGUACCAGAACUGAUACAGAUGUCUCAGUUAUCGUUCCAUCUAAAUUCGCGAAUAAUUUCGUUUGGUACAAUUGUCAUUCAUAUUCACCGGAUGAUCGGGGAAGGGAUGUUGCUGAUGCGAGGCAAUGCUGGCAAAUGUGCGAUACCUAUGCUUGGGCAGGAGUGGUAUAUGAUCCCAUUGAUCUGGGACGAGUCUCGUGUACUUGCUAUGAUUACAACGAUCAUCCUUGGUACGGUACCCCGGCAACCGCUUGCCUUCCUGGUGCAUGGUUCAUCUAUAACCAUGAUCCUUAUGCUAGCGCAGCGGUCAGAAGGAGAUCGAGGGAAAAGGAUAUUCGGUCGAAUGCGCAUUCGUCUCUUUGCCCUGAAGGAUCGUCCGCUUGUAAUAUCCUGGAUGGGAGCGGAUUGAGCUAUGAGUGUAUCGACACCAAUCAAGAGAUUGAGUCAUGUGGAGGGUGUACAAGUGGUUCCUUCCGUCCUAUCGACAUUCCUGAGGAGUCUGAAGCUCAAGACUGUACGUCCAUACCCGGAGUCGCUUUAGGUGGCGUUACCUGUCUUGCGGGUCGCUGUAUAAUAUCUCAUUGCCAAACGGACCACGUUCUGGAAGAGAAUACUUGUCAUCCCGCGUAA